UGCGGUGGAGGUGGGGUAGAGGGGUGGGCUCCCAGCACGCCCAGCCAUGACAGCGAUCAUCCCCGCCCUGCAGUGAUCAUUCAUAUUUAUGAGACUGAAAGCAUGGAUGCAAGAUUGUGGGAAUAUGGAUGGCAAGGGACAUGCUGUCCUUCUUCCUGGAGCUUGGUCCAGAGGAAGACCAAACUACAACUCCCACAGCACCCUGGAGGCACAUAGCUGCUGCUGUCUCUGCCUUUGCCUAGACACACUGUGUGAGUUUUAGAGUCAAGUAACCAAGUUUAAGGGGCUAUUCUGGAGGGUGGGAAGGGAUCGGAGCUUGGAACAAGAUUUGUAGGGUCAGUUGGCAGCGUUGGCUUGGUCUUGAAUCCUUGACCUGUAUUCCCAGCCUCCGGCUCCGCCUGGGUUUAUGGACCUUGGAACCUUUGUGUUCCCCCAAAAGUAAAUAGGAGUAGAGGAGUGUUUUGGGACAAAAAUAAAUUGGCAUGUUCCUGCUUCUUCCCUGUGACCCUGGGGACUCCCCCUUCCCCUUAGAAACAACUUUAUCUGAGAUAUAGAGACACCUUUUGGAAAUAGUCUCUUGCCAUCUUGAAAGAAAGGGAGGGAAAUGGAGCCUGGUGUCUUGCAUUAGUUGGAUGUACUUCAAUCUUCAAGUUGCUCACAUUCUUCCCCUCUCUCGGGCAGUGAGGAAUUGCUGGAGUCACCACUGGGCCACCAGUUUGUAUUUUCCAGGGACCUGGAACAACUGGAGAGGUUGCCUGGAGAUGCAGAUGGAAGUCACAAGGAGUAACCUGCUCAUCUGUGGACCCAUUGGCCCCAGAGCCUGGUGCAAGGAGUCUGAUGCUUGAGCUGGCCCCAGGCUUAUUGUUGGCAUAGGAAUUGCUGACAGUGUGGGGAGGGCAGUGGGGGUUCCUCCUAAAACCCCAUCUCUGGUUCUGAGUCAGCUUUGCCCUUAGCACUUGGGCCCUUUGACCCCUGUUGUGGACCCAGUGAUUUCUAUCCUUGCUCUUCUGCCUGGGUUUGGAAUGCAGAUACACCAAAAAGAGGUCUCACUCACUGACUUGGGAGCUAGGAAAACUUAAUUCUUAGCCUGGGCUCUGCCCAAGUUGAGUCACCUUACACAAGAUCUUAACUCCUUGAACAUGGUGGCCUCAGUAGUCCUAGCAGGGCCUCUCAGAUACUCUGAGCCUGCGUGUCUCUUGCUCUUUGAUGAUACUGGCCCAACGCUGUGCUACCUCAUUCAGGCUCACUUAGUAGAGCUUUAGCAUCAGCCUAAGACUGGAAAAAAAAAAAAAAGAAGCAGAUGUUUUGAAACUUUGUUUGUAGAGGAAGCACAGUUUAUGUUUAUGGUAUGGAAACUAAAAUCAAACCUAAACUGCUCCUUGGUACCACUGCAUGCUCCUUCUCCCAAACCUUGGUCAAAUUCUUAUUUUAAAAAGUAGUAAGUCCACCCAAACCAAUAUCAUUCGCCUUGCCCCCUACAAAGUAGCUGGUAUGCAUGCCCUCUGGGAUGUAGAUUAAUGAGGUGUAAUGUGAGGGGAGGAUCAUAAUUGACUGCAAGAGGGAAGGAGGGAUUUAAUUGGUUGCUUUGGUUGGUCUGGGGGAGAGAGGACUGGAGAAAGGAGACAUCAGGACUUGGGGAGGAAGCUUUCUCUUUGGCCCUGUCUCUGGGCAGCAGAAAUAGAAGAGUCAGAGGCCAAAGUGGUGCCAGAUCUGUAGGGGACUGACCUAAAUAGGAGACUUUGAAGAUUGAAAGGGAGGAGAAAGUCUUGAGUUGAAGGUAGGGCAAGAAUUACAGUAAGGGAAAAAAAAUAGAGGGAGAAGGGGGGGAAUUGCGUCUUUGGAGGGAGCCGAGUGGAGAGAGGGGCCUGGGUGAUCUUGGUGGACAUUUGGUUUGCUGUAUCUCCAAUAAGGCCUUUCAAAAGCCCUAGAGUGGGGCCAACUCUCCCUAAAAAGUAGGAGGAGGAGGAGGAGGGCAAAGCAGGAGGAAGAAAGGGGCUAUUUUGAUUAACCUGGGAGGAAUUACUUGAAAUUCUCUAAUGGAGCUGUCCAUCCAUCUACUCCUUUGGUUUGAAUAUGUGUGUCAGCGUAUGGCUGGUUCCCAGAGGGCUACACUAUGGCAGAGAUCUGCAAUAUGGAGGAGAUCUGGGGUCUACAUGGCCCUGCCUUUGCUCUGGGAUUAUAAGUGGCAGUGGCAAGAAAGGGGAGUUGAACCCUAUGCUUUUCCCAGGCAUCCUCUUAUAGGCAGAGUGGAGAGGAAAGGAAUUCCUUGUGUUCUUGCAAAAAGUCUUGCAGAGGUGGUGGAAUCCUUGAAGGUACAUUAUUUACCCCCUCCCCCCAAGGCCUUUUCUCCUUUGAGUCCCUGGGAGUAUUUGGGGGAAUGGAGGAGAUCUAAUCUCUGAAGAGCUGACAAGGUCUGAGAUUUGACUGUUGAGUCUCUGGUAACGUGGGUUAGGGUAGUACUGGGAGCUGAGCAGGGGUUGGAGGUGGGCUGAGGUCCUCUGUUCCCAGGGACUGUAUGGAGAGCAGAAGAGAUGGGGUGUUUGUGUGGGAAGGGAUGGUGGGGACUGUCUCUAGGGGGGCUCUGAUUGAGGUGCUGGGUUCUUUCUUUUCUGCAGGGUAAUGAAGCUGGAAGCCAGCUGUGGCAUAGCCACCUCAGAGGUUCCUAAGUUGGAAAAAGAUACCGAGCUGGAGGCGGAGCCCUGCUCAGAGCCCAAGCCACAGGAGGCUGGGGCAAAGUCCAAGUCUCAAUUGGGCCUUGAGACUGAGGCCCAGUCCCUGGCGACUGAGUCAGGGUCUGAGGUCAAGGCCAAGUCCUUGGGGGCCAAACCCAGGUCAGGACUGGGGCCUGAGGCUGAACAGUUGGACUUCGUGGUGGCCCCAGAACGGGAGUUUCAGGAGAUGCUGGCCAUCUCUGGGGGCAUCUACGGUGGCCUGGACUAUCUUCCCAGCCGCUACCACAGCUGGCUCCGGGAACCCUAUCGCACCGUGGUGCUGGCCAAGCGCAAUGGAGGAGUGAUCGCGCUGGAGUCGGCGCACGUGAUCGACGCCGGGGAGCGCCUGGUGGAGGGGCUGCGCGUGGCCUGGGAGCGCGGCCAGGGCGUGGCGGGGCUGCUGCAGCGCUUCUGCUGGAAGCUGGUCGUGCAAAAGCACCCGGGGGUCAAGGUGGUACGGCUCACCCGGGACGACCAGCGGGGCCCCCGGGAGCUGAAGAAAUACCGCCUAGUUACCAAGCAGGGCAUCCUUUCGGUGCGAGUCAACGCGUCAGCGCUGCUGGCCGGCCUGGGUGCGCGACUGGCAGCGCUGAGGGCCUCCGGCACCUUCUCGCCGCUGCCCGCCGAGGCCGUGUGGGAGGCGGACGGCGACGCGGCACGCCUCCUGCUGUCUGUCGUGCAGCACGACGUGCUCCCGGGCGGGACCGUCAUCCAAGACCCGCAGCCCUACGGGCCGACUGCGCGCAACCUGCGCCUGCUGGCGGCCGAGGGCCUGGAGUGGUGCGUGGGCAGCCGCGCGCGCGGGCUCACGCUGUGCACGCCCUUCCCCCUUCCGCACGGCGGAGACGGCACGUGGCGCGACCUCAACGUCGACGCCUUUGGCAGCGAUGGCGAGCAGGUGCAGAGUCAGUUUCUGUGGCACCCGAAGCGCCAGGCGCCGCGUCUAGCAGGUCUCAACGGCAGGUGUCAGCUCUUCCUGGCGCCCCAGUUGUGGUCACGGCUCGCUGACUUCUGCCAGGACGGCUCGGGACUCGAGCUGGUCAAGGGUUACCCUGAACAGUACCUGCUGGAGACCGACAUCUCAAGCCUCUCGGAGCAGAGAGGUGCACUUUAGACCCGUUCCCUUUCGCAAUCCCCAGAAAGCCCCGCCCCCUACUACAGCAAGCUCCGCCUCCUGUCCUGCCCUCCUUUGGCGGUUCCGACACCUCCGCUUACCCUGUGCCAGUCCCUCCUCCUGUACACGUACCCCUCUAUCUCCUGCUCACCUCUUAACAUCCCCGAACGCCGUUGCCCACGCCCUGCUCUGAACCUCCUCCAGGUUUGGAGGAUUUCCUUGCGCUGCUGUCGUCCACCCUGUCCUAUUCCCUGCCAAAGAACCAGCUUCUUCAUAGGCUUGAGGGACUUUUCCUGUCUGUCGUCCUGAUCUGGAAGUCUUCCUGGCGUCUCCGGUCCACCUCCUCCUGGGUGGAAGUGGGCAAAAGCGCCUGUAACCCCCCGGGACCCAGGCGGGAGCACAGCUGCCCAUGACAUACCACUUUCUUCCUCCAGCCCUUUCUCAAACCCUCAGAACUUGCCCUGCAAUCCCAUCCUUGCCACCCUCUCAGCCUGUGGUGCCUCCAAAUUAGUGUCCUCUCCUUACUUCUCUCUGUCCUCUCUGCCCCCCCCGCCCCAUUCCACUUCUUUCUGGACCUCCAGGACAUUUAACUCCUCAUUCCCCUUUUUUUUCUUGCCCCUCCAUUCCCAUUUCCAAUAACCUUCCUCACCUGUCUUGUGUGCAAUAAGGAGACAUUGUAAGUGAAGUAUACUUAUAAUACCCUCCACUUGUCUGUUCUGUUUGCCUCCUACUUUGAUGCACCUUUCUGAGCCUGCAUCCCUUUGACUUCGCAAGAUGUUGUUAGUUCACAUGCCCCCAACCAGGGCCAUGAACCAGGCCCAUGGUCCAGAGAGCUCAGGCUGGAGACUUUGGUGUACUGGAGGGCAGGUCCCUCAGUCCAGUGUGGGGACUGUCUCUUCUGGUCCUAACCCGGAUGACUUCUAGUGUGACUGGAACCCCCACCUCCAGAUAUUCUCUGGACACCCCUCUCAUCCAUUGGUUGCUUUCUGCUUUGUGGACUUUGACAGUCUUCUACUGAAAUACAAGUAAUGGCAGCUACAUUUGCACAGCACUGUCUCCUAGCUGGAUCCUCACUUCUACCAGAGAGGAAGUGGAGUUUCAGAUAGUUCAAGUAACUUCCAAGUCACUUACAGUAGCUGGCAGGGACUAAACAUAAGCUGUCCCAAACCCAGAGCAUGCCUCAGAACUUCACACUGGGAUGGCGGUAACUUGAACUUCUUGUUGCACAAUGGACUGUUGCCUGAGAUUCCUUUACAGGGAGCAGAGGGUUCGCUGGGGAUGGAAUCCAAGACUUGGGCAGAGGAGGGCGCCAGAAGGUGGAAGAAGGUGGUUAAGAGGAUAGCCUCUAUUUCCCUACUUUCCCCAGUUCCAUUUUUUGCUGCUAGGCUGCUCUCCUCUGCUUGGCUGUCUCCAGUGUCUGGCCAUGCCCUCCUUGUCACUUCAACCAAGGCUGUAUUGCAAUAAAAUGAACCCUUUGCCCACCCUCCGUGUCUGUUUC